AUGGCUUUCUACACUCGUUUUUUGUGUCACAUCUCAUCUCAUGUCCCUCGAUGCGUGGCCGACUAUUCCGGUUUCAUCUAUCGCCAGUGCAGUUCUUUCCAUCAUAAUCAGCCCCACGAGGUCUACCAACCGCAGCAUGGUCCUGGGUAUGGGGUUUAUUAUCAACCGCAAGCCCCGCAAUUCGAAGCCCAUUUUCGAUCGUGGAAAAAGUAUACACGAUAUUGGGAUCAAGUUCAGCUACAGAUAGAAGCCCGCAGGGCACGAACACGUUCACCUCGAGGCCAGGGCUGCAUGUAUAUUCCAAGCGGCCUCGAUGAUACCGAUGACUCUGACAAUAUCUUGGCUGGUCUGGAGGACAAAGAGGAUUUGGAGAUAAUCGGUGCCGGUGAUAGAUGGGAUCCACAGGAUAGUGACGAGUCUAAAGGGUUUGAACAAGAUGUGGUCUUCGUUGACCACGGGCCUGUAAAAAGAAUAAAUACACACUACGCUGUUGUCGAAGAGGAUGAAGAUUGGGUUGGCGUGGAGUGUUCUUGA